UCACAUAUUUGCCGACCUCAGAUUUUAAGUAUUCAAGUAUUUUUUAGCCGCUUUUUAUAUAAUAUGCGUAUUAGUUUCUAUUCAAAUAAUCUAAUUAUGACGUAUGUAUUACAAUAUCAGCUUGUGAUAUAUUCAGAUAAUAUUGCUUUUCGUGGUCCCGGUAUACAUCCGCAAAGAAUAGAAUCCCUGUGGGUUAUUUCUGAUAACAAGCUAAAUAAAUAACAACUAAAAUACAUGAUAGCAAGUUAAAAGUAUUAUUUUGGGAUACCGGCAGAAGAACCGUUAAUUGGCUAUACUUAAAUAAGACAAAGUUACACAACCUUUUUGAUAAGUUGUUUAUUAACACACAGUAAAGGUCAACAAAUGAUAUAGUUAAUACCACUUGUAUAAUAAAAUGUUAUUAUGAACUAAUAUCUAUAUCAAUUAAAUAAAAAAUGACAUAUACACACUGGCAAGAAUGAUAAACAAACACAGACCGGAAGUUAGCUUCGGGCCAGGAGCGUACGUCCAAUGCAACCGUCGGUGCGAAACAAUACGACAUAUAUCGCCGUCCACAGGGCACUUCGGGAAGGGGACACCGUUAAUAACUUCACUCCAGAUAACGUUAAAGAGAAAAUGAUUUUAUUUGUAUUGCUUAUUUUGCCAAGUGAAUUUUUAACGGUUAUUAAGAGAUACAAUGAACUUUACACAUCAAGAGCUCUUUACUCGUCGACGGGAGUAACGUUAGGACAUCAUUAGGACUUUUGUGUUGUGUUCGGAACUCUUGUUCGCGUUUUUGCUUUCCAGUCGGAACGUGACACUCUUUCAUUAGCAGAAUGAACAUCAACAUGGCUGCUGUAUUGUCGCCUAGACCGUGCGACAGCAAUCCAGCCACUCCUGGGACGCAGUCUAUGAAGGAUGACAUUGAGGAGAACUCCAGCGAUGGCAGUCAAGCUCCAAAGAGACGCAGGAUGGGUUCAGGGGACAGUUCCAGGAGCUGUGACACAUCCAACCAAGAGCUGGGACCAACAUAUUUCCCUGCUGAAAAUCUGACAGAAUACAAAUGGCCUCCAGAUGACACAGGAGAGUAUUAUAUGUUACAAGAGCAAGUCAGCGAAUAUUUAGGAGUCACCUCAUUCAAACGGAAAUAUCCAGAUUUGGAAAGAAGAGACUUAUCUCACAAAGAGAAACUGUAUCUGAGAGAGCAGAAUGUCAUUACAGAAACACAGUGUACAUUAGGUCUUACUGCCUUACGCAGUGAUGAGGUCAUUGAUCUGAUGAUAAAGGAGUAUCCUGCUAAACACGCCGAGUACUCUGUCAUACUCCAAGAGAAAGAGCGGCAGAGGAUUGCUAAAGAAUACUCUGUGAGCACACUGAGUGCACAAAUGCAGCAGCAAAAUCCUCAAAAAGUUGAGGCCAGUAAAGUGCCAGAGUACAUAAAGAAAGCUGCUAAAAAAGCUGCUGAAUUCAACAGCAAUUUCAACCGAGAGCGAAUGGAGGAGAGAAGAGCUUAUUUCGACCUACAAACACAUAUUAUUCAGGUACCUCAAGGAAAAUACAAAGUCCUCCCUCCAGAAAAAACAAAGACUGGUCCAUACCCAGUUGCCCUCAUCCCUGGGCAGUUCCAAGAGUUCUACAAAAGGUAUUCUCCAAACGAAAUCCGCUACUUGCCCUUAAACACUGCAUUAUAUGAGCCUCCACUGGACCCUGAUCUGCCCGCUCUGGACAGUGAUGGAGACUCUGAUGAUGGAGAAGAGGGGAAAGAAGACGGGAAGAAAAAUAAAGGUUCCUCUGACAGUUCAUCUGGAAACACAUCAGAUGGAGACAGCCAAGACAGUGGAAUUCAAUCCAAAGUCAAGAGCAAAGGAGCCCAGAGCAAAGAUGCCACGCCUCGAACCAUCCAACAAAAAUCUGUCCCUGGGUACAAGCCUAAGGUCAUUCCCAAUGCUAUAUGUGGCAUUUGUCAGAAGGGCAAGGAGGCCAACAAGAGAGGCAAACCAGAAGCCCUUAUCCACUGCUCCCAGUGCCAAAACAGCGGUCACCCGUCCUGUCUUGAUAUGAACGUGGACUUGGUUUCCCAGAUCAAGAUGUACCCGUGGCAGUGCAUGGAAUGCAAGACAUGCACCGUCUGUGAGCAGCCUCAUCACGAGGACGAGAUGAUGUUCUGUGAUAAGUGUGAUCGGGGUUUCCAUACCUUCUGUGUGGGCAUGGAAUCCAUUCCUCUAGGUUGCUGGGUCUGUGAUUUAUGCAACAAAGUGUUAUCCACACCUCAGAAAAAAGGAACAACAAAAACACCCAAAAAAUCCAAAUAGGUUUCAAAAGCCUUGUUUUUUUUUUUGACAGUUUUGUUAUUCACUUCUAUUUUUUACUACUCGACAAGCCCAAACAAUGUUUUGUAUGUUGCAUUAAAGUUUUCUUCGCCAAUUUUUUUCAUAUAUUUGUUUUCUUGUAGUUUUGUGUUGUUUAAAAUAAAGUUAUAAAGAAAACA